UAAAGUGAAGCUUGCCUGUAUUGUAACGACUUCUUGUUGGCGGCAUCGGCAGUGCUGUGGAACGUGCUGUGCUUGGGCUGUAAAGACUUGGAGAAAAGCUAACGCAGGAGGAGCCGAGCCUGUUGCAAGCUGCAUUCGCUCGUCUUCAUUCUAUGUCUCCAUCCAGGUACUGCAGUACCGGACUCGGUGUCGAGAGUUGGAGCAGCAGCUGGCAGCAGGAGGGGGACCCCUUCCAGGCAGGUGGGAAGCCACAGAAGACCAGAGCCUGGAGAAAGCACUGCUUCAGGUGGAAGAGGAGCAGCAAAGGUACAAGGAAGAAGCGUUCCCUCAUACCUCGUGUGAGAAUCUGGCAGAAUUGAACACUCUCCUGUGGGAGCACCUAGAUAAAGUGAAUGAGGUUAAUUCAGCCCUUAAAGAAGAUGUUGGAAAACUGGUGGCGGAUUGGAUGAAGGCCCGGGAGUAGCUGGAAUUGAAGGAGAGUGAAUGGCGCAGUGAACGUGAGCUUUAUGACAGCUACCUAAGGGGUGAAUGCAGCCGUCUACUUAGCCUGUGGUGUCAGGUGGUAACCUUUUGCUGUCAUUUCCUGGAAAUGAAGACUGCCACUGACCGAGAUUUGUCAGAGCUGAAGGCAGAGGAAAUGAGGCUUUCUGGAUCUAUACUUGUAAACUGCUCCUGCCUAAACUGUGGCGUACGGCCCUGUGAGUCCAUUACUCUGCGUAGACCUGUCCUAAAGGAUCAGGCACAGCAGCAAGCGGAACAGGAAAUAAGCCAGAAGACUUGGGAAGUGAUGCACUUGCAAGUUGACGGGGACCUGGAGAAGAAGGAGCUUCAGGACAGACUGAAGGACUUAGCUGCACUUGAAGGAGAACAUUCGUUAUUACAGAGCGAGUUGGUAGUCGCAAGAGAGAUGCUGGAGGAAUUGCGCCUUCAGAGGGAUCUGCUGAAGCAGGAGAAACAUGAGCUUACCAUGGUACCAGAAAAGGCAGAGCAGUCAGUAGCAGAGUUGACAGGGGCUCAGAAUAAGCUGACUGCUGAAAUAGCCGAUCUACACAUUGUUUAAAAUAGUUUAUCCGGUAUGUCUAUC